AACAAUAAAUAAUACCAAUAAAAUACAACUAGAAAAAGCAAAUCAACCAACCAACCACCUAUUUUAGCUUCAUUCUUUCUCAAUUCUCACCUUAAAACACCAUAGUUUUUUCACUCUUGGCUAGUUUGGUUCCCAUCAUGGAAUUCAGAUCCAAAUCAUGUAGGGAUGAGAGUCUUCAGAUUGAAAGCUACACUGGAGGAAGAAGGGUGGCCCCGACAAGCAUGAAAGAUCUGAGGUGUUACAGUGCAAAUUAUGCUGCUUCAUCUGCUUAUCCAAACAAGAUAGCUAAGGAAGCAAAGGUGGAUAAAGGGAAAAGCACAGUUGGCAAAGCUUCAAAAAGUUGGAGCUUUAAUGACCCUGAAUUGCAGAGGAAAAAGAGAGUAGCUGGCUAUAAAGUAUACGCUGUUGAAGGGAAAAUGAAAGGCUCUCUGAGGAAGAGCUUAAGGUGGAUCAAGAACACAUACACACAAGCUGUCAAUGGAUGGUUGUGA